AAUGUCAAAACAAAAGAUUCGGAAAGGCAAGGCAAAGCGAAACGGCGUUGUUUUGGUUUGAAUAUAGUUUACUAAAAUACAAUAGAUCUUAGAGUUCAAAAUAAUAGAAUAGAUCCUUGACUUAAGUUAUCUUGUUUCAGAGAGUGCCUUGAGUGAGCCAAACUGUCUUCAGAGUGUAAACGUUCAAGAAUCCAAGAUGACAGUGCUAGAAUCCUGUUGGUCACCAUGUAUUUGGUCUUCUAACGUGAAAAUCGGGAGCAAGGCGGUGGCUGUGUACACAGCAGCUAUGAGUGUUAUUCUUAUAACAUUUAUUGGAUAUCAGAUGGAUGGUGGAGAUUCCACCCAGUUGUGGAAUCCUCUAUUUGAAGCUGAUGUUCGAGGAUCCUUACAAGUCUUUGGUGGGAUAUUUAUAUUUAUAUUUGUGACACUGAUUAUCUGUUCAUUGCUUAUGGUGGUCGGCAUCAACAUCUGGAUGCGAGGUUUGAUGCUGCCGUGGAUGAUCACGAUGGGGCUCAUCAUAGUGUUCCAGUUGAUGUUCGGUUUGUGGCUGCUCGGAGGUUAUUACAUUUAUCUGGAUGCCACUUUUGCUGCUCUCAUCGACUUUUUGUGGAUGUCGUACAAUAUCUAUUGCUGGCUCUGCGUUUUCUCGCAGUAUCAAAUAAUUCUAGAGAUGCAAUCGCCAAAUAUUGAAAUAUUAGUGGAGUAUUAAUGACAAUGAUAUUUACGUGGCCUUAUUAGUACAGCAACAUUUGCUGCUCUUUUUAGAUCUGAUAAAAUAAUUUUUAAAUCAACAUGAAAUCAUAUCAAUAUAGUUUAUUAUCAUUUUAGUUUCUGACUGUGAAAAAUGUCUGUUUUACCAUUUUUGAUAUGCACAAAUUGCGUAUUCGUAACUUAAAAAGAAAUGUAUUUUGUAACAAAGUGGUGAAACAGUCAUUAUUGAAUGAAAUUGUAUAGAAAAAGCUAUCCAUAUAUAUUCAAUGGACUACAGUUGUAGUUUUACGUAGAAUCAUAAUAUCAGUAAGUUAAGCCUCCAAUUGGUAAUGUGAUGUGGAAGACAUAUGUCAUAAAGAGUAAAAAACGGUUUUUUGAUAUAACUACAUUUUUUGUCAUUGCAACACCAAAUCGAAUGGUCAUUAUUGGUUUAUAUGCAUCAAGUGUUGCCAGAAAAGUUGACACAUCGCCAAUUUUUUAACUCUUUACAGACUUUACUUGUAAUAUUGACUUUUGUAUCUUUAUUGUUUAUUUGUCUUUGACCGAAGUCUGCCUAUUUACCCAAUCUUUAUUUGGUUUUCUUUUUUAAUUUCUCAAAUAUUCAUAUCUAAGCCAUUUUUUUUUCUAUUGAUUAUUUUAUAGUAUUUUUAAGUUUAUUAAAUCAAAAAUUCUCUAAAAUAUGAGUGAAAAUGGAUUAGUUCAAACGUUUCAUUAAACUUAUUAAUCUAUCAGUUUACCCUCCACCGCGACCGCCGAAUUAGUCCGACAAACAUUUUCGUUAUUGUGCGAGUAUCGUACAUAUCCGACCAAAAAAACAUUGCUUGUAAAGUAUUGCACAUUCCUAUUUAUUGUAGGUGAGGUGAAGCUUCGGUGGUGUAGUGGUUAAGACGCCCGUCUGUGGAUCGAAAGGUUCCAGGUUCGAAUCCUGCUCGUGCCACAUGAGCUUGAUACCAAUCUUACUUAUGUAUUAUUUUCAUCGACCACCGGAUGCUUCCGGUGAAGGAAAACAUCGUGAGGAAACCUGCAAACUGGUUGAUUAUAUUAACUUGUGUGUGAAAUGGAUAAGGCAAUGGCAAACCACUCCAUUAAUAGUGCCAAGAGAGUUGUGUGUGUUUCAUUCCACGUAAUGACCACGACCCUCAGCCAUGUGGAAAUAAGACUUCAAGAUUUGUUGUAGGUAUUUAUUUUCGAUUCCCUAUGCUUCGCGCCGGGAGCAGACAACUGAUAUAGUGAGUGUCGCGGUGUAAGGGUUAAUUGUUGUAAUAUAAAAAAGAUGUCACGAAAAAUAUUUAUAUAAUUAGUUACAAUUCGUAAAUUCAAUAAAAAGUAAUGUAGUCGACAAUUCUAGUUGUAAGUAAAUCAAAAGACUUUAUAAAUAUAAAAAUUCCGUCCUGUAAAUAUACAUUUAUUGUAAUUUUACAUAUCAACCUUUAAACUUUUUUUUCUUGAACAAAUUUAGUUUAUUGAAUAUUUAUUUUUGUAUUUUCUUUAUAUUGACUAUGUUUUCUGUGUAUUGGCUGAAAGGAGAUCUUCCUUAUUAUGAAAAAUUUUAUUUUCUAGCGUUACAUAAUAUUGUCUCUUAGUCAUCAGUUUUAUUUCUGAACAGUUUUUAUAGAUCACAGUUAUAUAUAAUCGUUUUGUAUGUAUGUUCUGUAAAUUUCCUAUUUUAAUGUAUUUUUAUUCUGUAUCAUCACUGUUUUAAAUCCGCGAAACUGAUUCUGUGUUCAUACAUGUAAUUAUUUUAAAUAAAAUAGGUACCAACUUUAAA